UUAAACAACUUUUCUUCUUUUUGUGUAAAGGCAUAAACCAAGAUGCCCGUUGCCAGAACAUGGGUUUGUCGAAAGACAUACGUCACUCCUCGACGUCCAUUUGAGAAAUCCCGCUUGGACCAGGAGUUAAAGCUCAUUGGUGAAUAUGGUCUGCGUAACAAGCGUGAGGUGUGGAGGGUGAAAUUCACUCUUGCCAAGAUCCGUAAAGCUGCCAGAGAGCUGCUUACGUUGGACGAAAAGGAUCCCAAGCGUUUGUUUGAAGGUAAUGCCCUGCUUAGGCGACUGGUGCGUAUUGGUGUGCUUGAUGAAGGCAAGAUGAAGCUCGAUUACAUCUUGGGCUUGAAAAUUGAAGAUUUCUUGGAGCGUCGUCUGCAGACCCAAGUUUUUAAACUGGGAUUGGCCAAAUCUAUUCAUCAUGCUCGUGUGCUGAUCAGACAGAGGCACAUCCGUGUCCGCAAGCAAGUGGUUAACAUUCCAUCCUUUAUUGUGCGCCUGGACUCUCAGAAACACAUUGACUUCUCCCUGCGCUCACCAUACGGAGGUGGACGUCCUGGCCGUGUCAAGAGAAAGAAUGCCAAGAAGGGCCAGGCUGGUGCUGGAGGUGCAGAUGAUGAGGAAGAAGAUUAAACAUGUCAUGCAUAGAAUUCAGGCUGAAAAGCUAGAAUUGGAGAGGCUUAUUUUGACCAUCAUGGAAGUAGUAAAUGAAAAAAAUUAAACCUUUUUUGGAUUUAA